AUAUGGCUAAUUGUAUGAUCUGAUCUUGGUCUGAUCUCUUCUCAUCCAAGUAUUUCAUCUCUGUUCUCUCUUCUCAAGCUUUUACCCGACUCCUGUCCGUCAUAUUUCUUGAUAGGCUGGUCCUUCAUUGGUUAUCAAAGAACGGUCGGUCAUUCAUUACGUCUUUUGAUAGGUAGCCAGCCACUCACUGCCGCAAUCGCGACAAAUUCGUUUACUCAUUGCCAGCCGUUUGAAUCUCCUCACCUCUGUUUGCGCCAACAGGAAGUUUCAUUCCUUGAAUAAUUCAUAAAUCAUCAAUCAUUCUAUUCUAUUUGUACAAAUUCAAUCUCGUAUUCUAUUCACAGCGAUCCUCUUGAUUUCGCCACAUCUCCUUAUUUUAUUUUCUACGCGUUUUGUUUAUUUACUUGAAUAAGAGUCUACUCCCUUCCACUUCUUACACUUUUUCCAAUUAAACUCUACAAAUAAUUAACCCACCAGCUUUUGCACAGCCUUCGUCAUCCUGUGACGAUCCUUCCAAUUAUUUACGAGAACACGAGAUACAUAUCAAAAUUAUGUGUGUGACGGGCACCUGAAAUACUUCAGCUAGGAAAAGUCUAGAAGCCUUCAAAAUUAUAAUACGUAUAUCUUUCGCCCGGAUCUAUCUUAUCUAUUCAAGGGUUCCCGUCUGGAUCUUUGAAGCACCUUUACGAAAAAGAUUCUCGGAAGCUUCCCGUACUCCACGAUCCGCAGCAAAGGUCACACAGUUCUAGGGCGAAGGAAGAAAUCAUGUGGAAGCGCCUCAAUACUUCAAGAAGUGGUAAUGGUACUACAGCUCGCCAAUCUGCCAUCAGUGAACCCGUACUUGUCGAGACGACUAUUUUUGAGAAAUCUUAUGGAGCUGCUGGUGGUAUAAAUGUUAAUAUGGGAAUGCCAUCUUCGAAUAGAUAUGCGCCUCCACCAAAACCGAUAAGAAAUAAUACCCCCAAGGGAUUACCACUUCUACCAUUGUAGGUCACAAGGUUUCUCUAUUGGGUAUAGAGUGGGGGAGUUGAUGUUGAAGGAAAAUUGUCAUGUGGGAUAUUGGAUGUUGGACUAAUGUUUCAGCUUAGAGCUAUAGCUGUUAAAUCUACAUACAUUCUUAUGCAUCGUUAGCCAAGCUUUGCUAAUAUUUAUCUCAGUGAAGCAGUUCCUCCAAUGCAACAUUCUCAACAGAAUCCCGACAACUUGAGGCCGGCCUCUUCCGUUUACUCACAGCCUUCUCCAGGUUCUAUGAAUGAUCAGUUUCCAUAUAAUACAUAUGCAAAACCUAUGACUCCAAAUUCGGUAGAGGUAUCCCCUCCCAGCUCUCCGGAGUUUGAUGCAACACGGCGGUAGGUCGAGCAUUCCAUCAGUUUGAAGCGUUCUUUGGGUUUGCUUUAAUCACAAAAGCUGGACGAGCCUCGGGUGAAUUUUGGGACGACGUUAGAAUUUGUUGUCGCGAUUCUAUGAAUAUAGACUAAUGAAAUUUAAAAUAGAAACGCGAAUCGAUAUCAGGAUCAUGAAGUAUCCCCAAUUGAUGAGGUACCUGAUAUUUCACAUCUUGGAUUUGGAAACUCGAGAGAAAGGACCGAUGCCAGAUUGAACCCACCAGCGAGCAGUAUUCCUGUUAUUCGAAAAGAAAAGAGACGUAAUCAUGUCGCAGCUGCAGCAGCAAAUUUACUAAAUCGGAAAGAUAUAGAUGGACCAAAGGGUUGGAAACCAGCAGAUGUGAGAUCGGAUCCAUAUUCUGGUGAACAAACGACAAGCGAAAGGGGGAAACCACAACCCAUUAAACCAGGAGAAUAUUCGCCACCCGAUUUACGAAAUGUUAGACAAAUGGGUAAUACAUCAAUCAUUAGUGCUGGUGCUAGUGUGCAGAAGCCUCCAAACGCACCAUCUUUUUCGGAACGUGUCCGCAAAUUGAAGAAUAAUGCGCCAGUAGAGAAACCAGAGUGGAAAGGGGCGACAGGACGUUCAGCAAUUGUGCCCACGCCAUCAGAUAAUUACAGCAUACCUCCACUUAAAAUUCCAAUUCCAUCAAACAACGAAAAACGCAUUACAUCAGGUACAAAUACCCCUGUAUCAUCCAUCCGAAGUACAAAUAGUGAAACGCAAGCGGCAUCGACUUUCAUGGAUCUGCCCAGCCCACUAUCUAUCGACGCAGGACAUUCGCUCAGUGGACGAAACAGCCCACAAUCUUAUAAUGAACCUUCAAUUCAAAACCCCGAACCCGUUCAUGCGGCUCACCUUGCGAAUUUCGCCACCAAUAUUACUACAGAAUUGCCCACCACAGAAUUCUCUAUCGAAUAUUAUCCUUCCCAUUCUAAACAGGAUUCUACUGGCACCAUUGAGCGAAAUUUCCGCGAAGCUCUUAAGAAUUCAUUCCCUCCCAUUGAUCUGAACGAGCCAUACGUUCAACCUCCUUCCCGCUUUAGUGUCAGUACAAGAGCUACAUCAGAAGCUACACAAUCUACCAGAGCACCUUCUCUCGAUUUACAAAACGACAUGCAUCCUCCAUUGCCCAUACAAUCCUACAAUAUGACAACUCAAGCUCCCACUUCAAUACUAUCUCGCAAACGUCCUAAGGUCGGCGCCGAUGAUAGCACAUCCAUGUAUUCCAACAAAAGCAUUACUCGCAAAGCCAUCAAUUCGAAUAGUCCAAUAACAAUCUCCAUGACCUCCUCUAUUCCCCGUGAACACAAUCACCCACAAAACUCCUCAUCCACACUCACCAAAUCUCUUCCAAGUACCCCCGCCGAAACCGCAUCUUCAGAUCCUAUCUCUAACCUCAAAGCACGCCUUGAAACUCUCACACACCGUAGACAAAACAUCGAAAAAUUAAUCAAACAAAUGACGGAGCUUAUGCCAGCCGAUAGAAUGAUUGCUGCUGAUGAAGUCAAGAGAAAGAGAGAAAUGGAGAAGAAACAAAUUGAGGCGUUGAGGGAGGAAGAAGCAGAAAUUAGGAGGGAGGAACAUGAAUGUGGUUUGAAAUUGCAUAGGGCAUGGAAGAGAAAAGAUAAGCAAGCGGGGUAUGAGGGGACGGGGUUGUGGGUUAGGAGGGUUACGGGCUAGAUUUAGGGGUUUGAAGCGGACCGAUGGGUUGGAAUGAGAUGAUUGAUUUAUUUGGGAUGUAAAAUGUAUAGGGGCUAGGGCAAUCAAUAGGUGUUUGUAGGCGUAUAGGUAGCGGAAAUUGGAGGACGGCUGUAUGGAUGGAAAGGAUGGACGGACGGAUCGGUUUGGAGUUAAGGAAUAUUUAUUUAUUUCCAUUUGCAUUGGAUUUAAAUGUCUACUUGUAUGUAAGUCUUAGGUAUGUAGGUGGAUUUGUCUUUUAUGACAG